AAACAGAAUUACAGGUUUCCAGCUCUGCUCAGCAGUGGGCCAGGGUCCUCACCCUAUAAACAUCACCAGGCCUGGGAAAGCAGAGGGCACUGAGAAGGUGUGACACAGGAGCCCGGGACAGAAAGUGAGAAGCUCAAGGAGAGAAACCAAGACAAGCCCUGGAGACAGAGGCCCGAAGGUUCCAGUGCGCGUGCUGCGGGAAUGGCCCUGAGGAUGCUCUGGGUGAGCCGGGCCCAGGAGGCUCCGGGAGGCCAGGGGCUCCUCUGCUGGCUGAUCUCGCUGCUCCUCCAGCACCCAGGAGUCCACAGCGUGUGCUACUUCCAGGUGCAAGCCCCAUGCCACUAUGAGGGGAAAUAUUUUACCAUGGGAGAAUCCUGGCUCCGCAAGGACUGUUUCCACUGCACCUGUCUGCACCCGGUCGGCAUGGGCUGCUGUGACACGUCAUUCCGUAGGUCCCUGCACCCCACCCACUUCCCUGCUGGGUGUGAGGUGCGUCAAGAGGCAGAAACCUACCAAUUCUCCCUGGUGCAAAAGACGGACCCUCAGCUACCCUGAAAAUGGGGCAGGCCCAACACAGAGUGGGGCUUGGCUAAAAAUCCUGAUCCGGGGGCUCCUGCUCUUCCCUGCUCCAGCUAGACUCCAUGAAGCCCCCUUCUGCUGAAGGCCCGCUGCGGCUGCCACUUCCAGAGAGACCACUAGCAGCUGCCAGUUGAUCCUGACUCAAUAAACAAACACUA